ACGUGUCAUGGAAACUACGCUGUCAGUCACCGUCUUGUUCCACAACCUUUUGUCUACUGACCUUCACCCUGAAGCCUCGUUCUCAGCUGGUCACUGUGUAAACACCUGCUACUACAACCGGUCAUGCGCAUCAGUGUUCUAUGACCGCAGCCUUAAGCUGUGCUACCAGAGCAAUCUUUGGUUCGACGAAACCGUCGCAAGCCUCAGUGCAAGACAAAGUGUCUCUCAUGUUGCUUUCAACAGGAGCGACUGUCCGAGUCGAUGGAUAUAUCACAAACCAUCGUCGAAGUGUUUCAGAUUGAACACAAAAGCUCGGUCAUAUACUGCAGCUAUGAAUGAGUGCGAGGCCGAAGGAGGGCGGCUCUUCAAUAUCUAUAGCAUCUUGGAGGAUAAAGUCGUCUUAACACUUGUGCUCCGUGCUGGAUCUGGAAUGUGGAUCGGUCUAAAAAAGGUGGACGGGGUGUGGAAGUGGCACAAUGGCACAGCUAUAGGCUAUACACACUGGUAUUCAAGCAGUUCUGGCAACUGUGUCUUGAUGCACGGCGCAUUCAAGGAAUGGUUUGGUUAUGGAUGCAAUUAUGCUCGUAUGUCGUUGUGUGAGCGGGUCCUCCAGAAGCAGGACUUGUGUACCAUCUAAUGUCGAUUUUGGGGUUCAUUACUUCAUGUUUCAUCAUCAACUAUUUUGGGUACCUAUGAUCAUCAUCCUGUCCCGGAAGAACCACACAACGUCAAGUCUGACUAUUUGCAAGAAAUCUCUUUUCUUAAACCUAGCAUCAAAAUUCUGAGCUUUAAGAGUAGAAAGAUAAAACAAAUCGCCAUUUGAACUGAGCGAUGUGAAACGUGGCACU